GCCUACCAAGACGCAUGAAGAUGAUGUCAUGAACGUAAACAAGAGCAUGUCGCACAGACAGAUUCAAGUGAGAGAAAUGAACGGCCAAGCAGACGUGGAGGUUGACUACAAGCGGAAAUAUAAAAAUCUCAAACGAAAAUUAAAAUUUCUUGUUUAUGAGCAGGAAUGUUUUCAGGAGGAGCUGAGGAGAGCACAGAGAAAACUUCUCAAAGUCUCCAGAGACAAAAGCUUCCUCCUUGAUAGAUUGUUACAGUAUGAGAGGGUAGAUGAAGACUCGUCAGAUUCAGAUGCAACAGUUUCUUCAGAAAACAGUGAAGGAGAAGGUCCCAGGGAGAGGGAACGGGAACGAGAUGUAGCUAAAAAGCGAAGGAGUAGUCCUGGAGCAUGUCUACCUUCAUCCUCCUCCCCUCAUCUCUCCCUGCUGUCUCGCUCUGGGGUUAAUCCUUUACAGUCCUCAAGCUCUGGACCUUACCUCAACACUAUGCCCUUCCCACCUGAGUAUUUGGCACCUCCAGCUGAACGAAUGAAGAAAGAGAGAAAAACAAAGGCGCCUAAAAGCAAGAAAGAGACUGCUGGGAAGGUAGUUGCGCCAAUGUCAGCUAAUUACCCAUCAGCCACUGCAGCCCCUCCAGCAACCAGUGGCCCCUUCAGCUGGGUCCCCCGACAGAUGCUCAGUGGAGAUGCAGCUGAGGAGGAGGGAGAGAGUGAUGGAGACAGCGACAGAGGAGAUGAAGACAGAGGGGAGGGAGAUGAAGCUGAGCUAGUCAUUGACAUCCCAAAUGAGUGAGCCUGACUGUGUGUUAAGAUGUAUUUAUUAAAAGAAUUUCAUAUAUUGUUCAUCUGUAUGUAGAAGAAUAGAGUUUGGCUUUAUGUUUUCUUGUGUCCAGCCACCUGAUUCACAUUUCAAAAAAGUAGCCAGGCUCCCCCUUGUGGACUUUUGCGUAACUGCAGAAUCACUGUUUGUAAUUUCUCUCAGAGAAAUGUGUUUUUCCCAAAAUUAUAAUUGUGUUUAUGACAACAGAUUGUACAGGUUUUUUGUAGUCCAUUAAAGCCUUUUUGUAGGAUA